CCGCCCCGGCGGGCGGUGUGACGGGCGGUGCCGCCCGGCUGCUCGCCUCCCUGGGCGCCGCGGCGGGCCCGUUGCCGCCCUCCCCCGGCGCCGCGGCGGGCGGGAGGAUGGAGCAGGGGCUGUCCGCCAUCACCCUCUACUGCGCGCCCGCAGCCGGCCCCGCCGCUGCCGCCUGCGCCAUGGAGCCCGAGCAGCAACUUGCAAAUGGAGAGAGAGGCUUUGAGAAUGUGGAGCUCGGUGUCAUAGGAAAGAAGAAGAAAAUUCCAAGGAGAGUUAUUCAUUUUGCAAGUGGAGAAACAAUGGAAGAAUAUAGCACAGAUGAAGAGGAAGAUGAACAAGAGAAAAAAGACCUCUUGCCGCCUGUAGAUCCUACGACACUCACAUGGGGACCCUACUUAUGGUUUCACAUGCUGCGAGUUGCCACAUCAACCUUAUCAGUGUGUGAUUUUCUUGGGGAAAAGAUUGCAUCUGUUCUGGGGAUAAGCACACCAAAAUACCAAUAUGCCAUUGAUGAGUAUUACAGAAUGAAGAGAGAGGAGGAAGAGGAGGAACAGGAAAACAGGAUGUCAGAAGAAGCAGAAAGACAGCACCAGGAACAGCAGAACAAGCCACAAGCUGAAGCUCCUGUCCAGACAGACCAGCCUGAAGCGACAGCAUGCACUUCAUUCGUGAAUGUAAACUUUGAAAAUGAGGGAGAUGAUUGCCAGUCUGUUGGGGAAAAUAAACAAGAUGUAGCUCCUGUCCCUUCUGUGUAAAGCUCUGUAUAGUGUAGGAAAUAGGAAGUGUCAGGUGUCAGAAGCUGGCUAUAAGAAGCAGGAAAAAUAGGAUUAUACUAGUUCAGUGAAGUACAACUUCUAGCAUUCUUAUUGAUCAGGAGAGAGCUGGGUGAUGUCUGUUCAGUCUGUCUGCCUAAUAAAGGCUGAGGCAUUCUGCCAGAUUGGCACUUCAGUUAAAAUGAAAAUUGCACUACAAACAUUUGGUUUAAAAUUGAACGUGUGAGCUGAUUUGUGUGUAAAGCAAGUAAAAAUGUCUUUUUUUUUGAAUUGCUGUGUCUCUCACACCUGUGGAUUGCAGACGCAGUGCUGUUUCCUACUUCUAAACACCUAUUUCUGAUUUGCACGUUGUUUGCAACUCAGCUCUCUAUGAAUAGAUUAAUAGGAAUCAAUAUCCUGUAACUCAAAAGUCAUUAUAAUAGCGUCCAAUUUCCCCUAUUUAUUGUCACUAUUGUAUGCAUGUAUUUUUUUUUGUUGUUGUUUAACACGAGAGAUAACAUUAGAUUUAAUGUCGAUUAGAUUUAGGGGUUCACUGGCUUCGGGGUUUUUUUUAAUUAAAAAAAAACCCAAACCAACUUUAAAGGAGGUCGUAAACACCCGUAAGAAUUUAUUACCAACUACCAGCACUCUUGGAGGCUAAUAGUGCUCAUCUGCACCAUUCCGUGCUGCAGCAGAGUACAGAACUAGCAUCAGUGUAAGAUGUUCUCAGUCCAAGAAUUAAGAGACCCACUUGCCUGAAUACGUUAAGUGCUCUGAAUGGUCCUGGGAAAUAAACUAAAGUCUUGUUAAAUUAUACUGAAUGCAGUGGACACUGUGUAUGGUACUGAUCUAGAACUAUGAAAACUUUUUUGGACAUAGAUUAUCUGAGUCAGUAUACUUGAUUAACCUAAAGAGAUUAUUUGUUUAAUGUUAAAUUACCAGUAAGGGAUGUGCCACUGCAGAUAUUUUUCCCCCCUCUAACACAGAAUACGUAAAUAACUAGAAAUCAACAAAACUAGUCUUGGGAUUCUUCAUUUUUCUUAAAUAAACAAAACACACUGUUGCAAUACUGCAACAACAGUAGUUUUUAUUUUUAAGUGAAAUGCAGAUCCCUCCAGAGUUUUUAAGUAGCCCUAGAUACCAAUUAAGGCUGUUGUACUGCAACGGGUAUCAUUCUACUUGUGGCUUGUAAAAGGUGAAUGGUUUACUUUGUGACAACCAGAUGUCAGUGCCCCAGUCACUUUCUAUAGAAAAUCGUUGUAGCUAAAGGAGCAGAGAACCUGCACUAGUUACCAUGUGAUACAUUAAUUCUGACUUUGAGAUUUCUAAAACAAAAAAAUCUUCAGUGAAAUUUUGUGUUGGCUCUCAUCAUGUGUCCCUGGCCCUGGUCCCACUACCUACUAACUAAAGAGCCAGCUGUAACAUCAGAGGCCAGGUAACUCGGCUAAUAGUUUCCAGAGUUCAGUUUGUAUUUCAGCCAGCCCUCUGCCUGAACUGGUGUCCUGGAGAGCACAAAUUCCUUCUCCUCUUAUCUGCCCUUAGCAUUCCAGUACUAUACAUAAUCUUCUGAGGAGGAUUCAAUCAUCAGCUCUAUUCCACCUGUUUUGAUACUCUGUUCUUUGCCUCUUUUUGAAGACAGCUGUGUAAAAUCCUUCCUUAGCCCAGACCAGCUGCAAGGGAGAACUUGAUUCUACACCUGGGGAAUACAUAGAACAAGAGCUUGUUGGGAGUUCUUAUACUGUCAAUGGUAGAAAGCCUCACAUAGCUCAAGAAUAAAACCUCUACAGCUGAAGGAUGCUUUGCUUUUCUGCCAAGAAAUUAAUGUCAUUUGCGCUGGUUUUUUAUCCCUUCUCCUUACUAUCUGUUGCAUCAGAAAUGCUCUCACUGCCUUGGGUUUAAACUUCUUUGUAUAAAAUACCGUACAACUCACUGUGCCUUAACUUAAUCCUUCCUUCAGUUUUUUGCAAACUGUAUGAAAGUGAUUACUUUCAUAAUGGUUUAAUUUUUCUGUAAAUGCAUUAAUCUGUUAUUUUAUAUUUAAUAUAAUUUUUGAACUGGAAGUUGGCUAUGGCUUUUCCUUUAAAACUCUCUGGUCUCUGAAACUACACCUGCACAGAGCGGCACGUGCCUGUUCACUGUUGUCAUCUUCACUGAGUCACACAGCCUGGUGAAAUAUUCAAGCACUGAAAUUCAAGAUAUACUACUGCUACCCCUUCCUUACAAUCCCAUGUAAUACUUGUUAACAUACAUGUGUUCAGCAUUACUUCAAACUAGUAAGUAACACAGGACUGCAACCAUCUCUGGCCUGGAGCUAGUGUAGUUUUAUCUGAAAGUUGAAUUUUACUGUUUUAAUUACUGCUGUAGCUCAACUGUACAAUUAAGUUAAAUUACAUAAAAUACUUGCACGGGAGGUUAAGUUGCUGAAAGCCUUUACACAGGUGUUUGGAUUAGUUUUAAAUAGACCUAAAACUAGUGCAGCUUUAUUUCUGCUAAUGAACCUCUUAAGAAUUAGGUAACUAUUCAGUCAAUAGUUAUUUACUUCUUUCUACUAGACACUUAAAAGCUGGACACACACAGAAGAAGAAGGCCUAAAUUCUACAUCUUACUGAAAACUGCCUCUAGAAAAGAUUGCUCAACAGUGCUAUUGUUAGAGGAAGCCAUACAGAAUGCAGCAGGAGGCUUGGGAUGGCCACGUGGAUACAGGCCAGUGCUGAAGAGACCAAGAACCACACCCUUACUUUCUGGGUGGAUUCACAUUCAGAAUAGGGUAUUCAAAUAACAGUAGGGCUUGGUACACCAGGAAAAAGUCCAAAAAUAUUUAUU